AUGCGUCUCCCAUAUGUGCCCGAUGCCCCACCAACCAACACUCCCGAAGAGGCCGAUAUCCUGGCUCGAGUGCAAGCCCGACGUGGCCCCGGCGGCCUCAUCCCACUGGACCGCGCUCUUCUGCACUCCUUCCCCGUCGCGGACGGUUGGAACUCGUUCCUCGGGGCCAUUCGCACUCGAACGAGUCUCUCCCAAGUCAUCCGCGAACUGAUCAUUUGCCGCGUGGCCGUCCUCAACGGGGCAUGGUUUGAAUGGGAGCACCAUGCGCCGUUGCUGCGGGACGGCGGGUUCAGUGAGGAUGCGAUCAGUGUAGUCCGCGAUGCGCAGGCGGACCUCUCUCUGCUUGUUCGGGACAAUGUCAUCAGCGCGGCCGAGAGCGCUGUCAUCAAGUACACCGAUGCCAUGACGACGACCGUCGCUGUGCCCGACGAAGUGUUUCAGGAACUGAAGGGGUUCUUUAACGAUCAAGAGGUUGUGGAAAUCACCGCCACUGUGGCGGCAUACAAUUGCGUUAGUCGUUUUCUGGUGGCUUUAGACGUGGGAGAGAAGAACCAAUAG